GUCAUAUAUAAAGACGUCAACUUGACAGGACAAUAGCAGGAGCAGUGGAAAAAAUCGUUUCAGUGAUUUAUAAAUUUCUCCGGGAAAAUAAAAAGCUUUAACAAUUUGGCGUAAAACUGGUGUAAUGACUCAAGUGAAAGAAACAAGACAAGGCACACCCGUCAAAAGAUAAUGUCACAGAGUCCUCCAAAUUACAUGGAAAAUGUUCCAGUAAAAAUCUCUGAACGUUACAAACCGCCACCAAAAGUAUCCCUACCGCAAAGUGUUUGCCAGCGACUUAAUGCCGACGACAUUCCAUGCCUUAACCAACUAACCUAUGAUUUUAGUCUCGAAAAGAAUGUUUUACGACGAAUUGAUGAAUGGAAAAAAGUACGUGAAGCGGAGCGUGAUGCACGGCGGGAACGUAUACGAAAGCGAGAGAAUGAACGAUUAAGGAUUGAAGAGGAACAGAAGAAACUCUUAACAGCAGUCAGUUACCCUAGCACUGAAGACCUUUCAUCGGAAGAUGAUUCGGCAAGUGAUGAGGGGGCGACCGCAAUACAAGAAACAGAAACAAAAAGUAUCGAAUCCACGCCCAUCCAAGUGCAAUAUAAUCCUCCGCAGCAACGCUUCGAUACAAUUCUUACACCGACUAUAGUGCCUGAUUCCUACAAUCAAGGUGGCUACAAUAAUCAGAUGGCUAAACAGAAUUUUAGUAAGAUAAAUUAUUCGGAUUUCGAGAACGACACGUCGUCACCAUUCGAUAAUGUUGAAUUGAAAACAAUAAACGAUUUAGAUAUUCUAGCUCAGGUUUUAAAUGUUACUCAACUGCAUUCCAAUACAUCUUCAUCAAGUCCAUGUAAUCAGAAUCAUGAUCAUUCGCUAUCACCACCUGUUCCAGAAGAACAACGGGGGGAAUCACUUCCCAACAAUGCUAAUACCAACCAGCAGAAUUUAGAGCCUUACCCACAAACUGCUGAGAAUGGCGAAAACUGUAAUACGGCUGCUAAAAAUAAAGAAGCUUUAAGUGAGCAAUCGGAACGUGGGAUCUACAUCACGUCUCCGCCACUUUGUUUACAAAACGCAAACCAUUUCUACCCGACAUACAAUAAUUCGCAAGGAAUGCAGAACUCCAUCAACAUGAAUGGAGUAACAAAGCCGUCUGAUUUCUAUUACUAUCCGCAACCUUUACCCAAUCCCAUUAACUAUGAUAAUUACAUGUACAGUAAUGUAAACUAUCCUCUUAAUGUAAUUCAACCCAAUCAAAACUCAAAUUCUGUGAUGGAGGCUACAACAAAAACGACGACACUAGCCACGGUAGCCACUACUAAAAAUGUCGUCACUUUUCGUGAUAUUGAGGAUUCAUUAACGGAAUAUGAAGGAGCAACGUCGUCUUCCGUUAAGAACAAAUCCAAAAGCGUUCCUGAUAUUUUACGUGAGUUAAACGAAGAGAUACGGGAUUCAGAGAAUCGUCGGAUUAGGAAUAAUAGUCAAACUAUUGAAAAUUAUGAUGGUAAAAUGAACGAUUCAAUUGUCACGACUAAAUCCAAGCCCAUAGACGAAACAUUCAUGAAACUCUCGCCUUCCUCCCAGUCGCUUGCAAAAAAUAUCAGUUCAAUGGGAUUUCCCUUGGAGCUGGUUUCUCGUAUAGCUGAACGUUUCGGGAAUGACGAUAAAAAGAUUGUCGAACAUCUCAUCCCGCUCAGUGAGCUUUUAGACUUAGGCUUUGACGAGUCCAGAAUAUCGGACGCACUUCUACGAUUCGAUAACAAUAAAGAAAAGGCUUUGGACUUUUUGAUUUCAUAGUGUUUAACCAAUAAAAGUAAAUAUAUAUUUAAUAAAACAAA